AUGGAUGCUGAAUCGGAGGGAGUUCAACCCGUUGAACCAACAACAGCGGCUGCCUCUAAUCCUGAAACGGAUUUGGGACAUCGUCGCCGCCUCUUUAUGUCACAGCCAUCCACGUUAGCUUUGCGGCGUCAACAGGCUGUAUGUGUACGUCGCGCCCAUAAAAUGUAUGGCUCGAAAAAGUCACCCAAUGUUAUAUUAGAUGGCCUGAAUAUGACAGUACCCAAAGGCACCAUUUAUGGCCUGUUGGGUGCAUCUGGUUGUGGAAAAACUACAUUAUUAUCCUGCAUUGUGGGUCGUAGACGGUUGAAUUCCGGAGAAAUAUGGGUGUUGGGAGGUCGACCAGGCUCACGAGGAUCAGGUGUACCGGGACCACGUAUUGGCUAUAUGCCCCAAGAGGUGGCUUUGUAUGGUGAAUUUACGAUGAGAGAAACGUUAAUCUACUUUGGUAUGAUUGCUGACAUGUCCCGUAGAGAUGUCGAAGAUAGAACUGAGUUCCUUUUAAAGCUGUUAAAUUUACCGAAUGGUUCGAAAUUUGUUAAGAAUUUAAGUGGAGGACAACAGCGUCGCAUGAGUUUGGCGGCAGCUUUAUUACACGAGCCCGAAUUAUUAAUCUUAGAUGAACCAACGGUAGGUGUCGAUCCUGUAUUGCGUCAAAGCAUUUGGGAUCAUCUUGUCGAUAUCACCAAGAAUGGCAACACAACUGUGAUAAUUACAACACAUUAUAUCGAUGAGUGUGCUCAAGCGCAUGUGAUUGGUUUAUUGCGUGGGGGUCGCAUGCUCGCUGAAGAAUCGCCUCAAUUGCUACGCCAGCAAUACAGUGCCGAAUCGUUAGAGGAAGUUUUCCUUAAACUCGCAGUACUACAGAACAUGGGCAAGCGUCGCAGAUCAUCUAUAGCCAAAGAAGUUAUCGAUAACGUAACAGUACCGGCUAUUUCAAAUCCUGCCUUAGAUUUGUCCGAUGAACAAGACAAUGCCGAGAUAUCGGGCGAAUUUGGUGACAACAUAUCAAUGACUUCAGCUAUCCCCGAUCCUAUACCGACAGCCGCAGUUUCAGCUUUACCUGUCCCGCCCGAAGAAGACGUGUCGGUAUCGUUUUGUAAUAAUCAAUUUAUGUCCUCGCAUCAUUUGCACGCCAUAAUAUGGAAAAACUUUCUUUGGAUGUUGCGUAAUAAGGGAUCGAUGCUGUUUGUUGUCGGUUUACCGAUACUACAAACAUUUCUGUUUUGCUAUGCGAUUGGCCACGACCCGACCGGCCUAAAAUUGGCUGUUGCCAAUUAUGAAAUGAAUGAGGAGAUGAUUAGUAAACAAUAUUGUCCUAGCAUUGCCGGCUGCAAUCAAACUCAAUUAAGUUGUCGUUAUCUAGAUAUGCUGGUCAGAAACAGAAGUAUGGUGAUGAUAUUCACUCAUACAGAUGUCGAAGCAACUGACUUGGUGCGGCAGGGUAAAGCUUGGGGUACUUUAACGAUCGCUAAUAAUUUUACUGAAUCUCUAACUAACCGCAUAGAGAGCGGACGUUACGUUGAUGAUGGGACUUUAGAUGCUUCCGAGUUGAAGUUGCGACUGGAUAUGUCAGAUCAACAAAUCGCCACCCUGCUCUUCCGUGAUUUAGUCGACACCUACUAUAGCUUUGUAGAUCAUCAGCUUAGUGAUUGUGACAUUAAUCCGGGAAUCGCUCGUAUACCGGUUAUAUAUCAAGAACCCAUCUAUGGAGCUAUAAUACCGAGCUUUAACGAUUUUGUCGCUCCUGGCGUUAUACUAACUAUCAUAUUCUUUUUAUCGGUUGCCAUUACAACGGGAGCAAUGUUGCUCGAACGCAACGAGGGAAUGUUAGAACGAAGUUUAGUGGCGGGUAUAACCGGGCCUGAAAUUUUAUUUUCAUUACUUGUCACUCAAUUUACAGUUAUGUUCAGUCAAUGUGUUUUCGCUCUGCUGGUUGUGUUUUAUUUCUUUAACACAACCCUAAUGGGCAGCAUUUGGUCAGUUUUAACUAUGUGCAUACUUAGUGGGCUUUGCGGCAUGAGUUAUGGUUUUGUAAUAUCCUGCGCCGUGGAUACGGAUCGUACAGCUACAUAUGUUGCAAUGGGUUCAUUUUUACCGAAUGUAAUGCUGUGCGGUAUUAUUUGGCCUGUGGAAGGCAUGUAUCCUUUGUUAAGAAUUAUUAGCAAAAUAAUGCCUUUAACUAAACCGGUUGAGUCGUUACGGUCGAUCUUGCAGCGUGGCUGGGGCUUAAACGAACCGACAGUCUAUUAUGGUUUCAUAACAAUAACCACUUGGGCUGUCGUAUUUAUGUUUUUGUCGAUUUUACUAUUAAAAUUCAAAAAGGGUUAAAGCAAUUAUCUCUGACGUCAUUUUCUUCAAUUUUAUUUUGCUAUUCUCAUUCUUAGUUUCUAUUAAUGAAUGAAUAUUUAAAUCGUCAUAAAUU